AUGCAGGAAAAAUUGGAAGACAUCAAGAAACGACACACGCUGCAGUCCAUCCAAUGGGCGGAGCGAGACAAGGAGCUGGAGAAGGAGCUGGCCGCCCUGCAGGAGCGGUUGAAGAAGCAAGAGGCCGAUGCGCAGGCCAAGCAAGCCGAGCUGGACCAGAAGACGGCCGAGAGCCUCGAGCGCCUGCGCGAACUCAACAGGGCCAAGAAGGACCUCGAGUCCGAGAAGAAGCAGAGAGAGGAGAGCGAAAGCGAAGCCAAAAAGAACGAAGAGGCGGCCAGGCUCGCGCUGAGCCGCGCCGAGGAGCGGCUGCUCGACAAGGUCGCCGAGCGCGAGCGCGAGAUCGACGAGUUGCGGAGCCGGCUGGCCAAGAAGGACGCCGACAUGCUCGACUACGUCAAGAGCCAGCAGACCACCAGCACCAGCACCGACGAGCGCGACCACCUGCGGGAG